GGGCAAUCUGACACAUAUAUCUAACAUAUGUAAGGACGGAACGUUUGAUCCCGCGGAAACAGUUUGCGUCUACCCCCAUGUGCAUGCACCGCCUGAGCGCUCCUAGUCGCUCAAGCGCUUACUAUUUGUGUGCGCUCGGCAGUCUCCUACUUGCAUGCGUUGUUCGCUUCUCUCCGUGUCUCUACUCCUCCUUUUGCAAUUGUGCUCCACCUUUUCCAAUGUGUCUUGUGGGAUCUAACAAUACUGACCUAGUAUGUUCUGUCAGUGUUUCGUGUCACCAAGAGCUUGCAUCCCUUCGUCUAUGCGCGAUGACUGAGGCACAGCACUGUGGCUAUACAGUCACAGUUCUGUCUCUCCUAUUUACAUCUCAAGACAGCACUGCGUCACGUCAUCCAGUAUCAGGCAUGACACCGAGCAUGACGCAGAGCAUUCGAACAAAGUACUCACAUACCGUGUCAAUGUUUCAACAGCAAAACUGUGCGUGCGCAUAGCAGAACGUGGCUGACACAAAUAGCCUGUGCUGUGAUUGACGAAGUGGAAGAUUCUCGACCGAUCGGGUUUCAUUUCCACCCAGCGGCACUCAACAAACCGACCUCCAUGGACUGCCCGUCGACGACGCGCCUAAGUGAGUCAGCUUCUCUUACAUUGCCUCUGAGCGCCUUCGCAGUCAAUUUUGAAUGAUUCAGCUAUGGGCGGUGACAAUUACCGCCUCGCAAUGGCGCAGCUUUGCUUAGCCUCUUUGAUUUGCUUAUCUGAGUGAUU